AUGCACCCAAAGGCUAUCCGCGCUUUUGAGGAUCUAUCCUCUGGGCAGGAUAUCACGGCGGAGACAAGCGAGCGGUUUCCUGAAGGGUAUUCGACCUUCGGAUCUUGUGAGCCGUUCCAGGACAUCUCGCCUUCUCAGGUCGGCUUACUGCCCGAGCCUAGCCAACAGGUCGGCGAAAUCCCAAAUUACACCAGUGCCACUCCUCCUCAAACCAGCACCUCUCUAAACGACACCUCAAGCACUGCAGAAGCAGUGACACCGGCCCCUCGAGAAGACUCCGAAUUGCCUGCUAAGGAACUGGUGGUGCCGCUAGAAAAUGGCAAUAGCCUCUUUGGCGAGGGAUCUCAUCUGGGAGAAGACGACAGUCUAUUUGGCGAUGAUCCCGACGGCCAUGAUGACAACAAAAUCAAAUCUGAAGUCGAGGGUAAACGACCGCCCUCUAUCCAGAUCGAGCAUCCGACUAUUCGAGGAGAUAUUCAGUCGGACCAAUCUCAGGUGAUUGAUCAGGACGAACAGCCUCACCUUGGCGAAGGAGCCCUCAAUGAGUCCGCUUCUACCAAGUUCGCCUCCAGUUACGAUCCGAGUCAAGGUUUCGAUCCUACGUUCGAUGCGAAUGCGUUUGACCUUGAUCCAAAUCAGGAAGUUCUCGACUCAGAAGAUAUGAUGGCACUCUUCCCGGGGCUGUUCAGUCCAAAGAACCAAUCCCUAUUCGAUGGCUGA